UACUUCUCUUGAGCGUGACAGUACCUAGCAGAUUAGCAGGGUGUUCUUCAUAACAUUUGAGUCUGGUUCAUCCUGGUUAAUUUAGGCUAGAGACUUUGUUUAUUUUUCUGAUAUAUAUAUACAGACAAAACCUUGCUUGUUCGUUUUUUUAGACAAGAAUGAAUACGAUAGCUGGAGUUGGAUCAGCAUGGUGGCAUGGCACUUCAAGACUAAAAGGAAAAGUCUUGAUUUGUUUGGUUGUUGCAACUUCAAUAUUGAUGGUGGCUGUAGCAGAACCAAGUUUGAAACAAAAGGGUUCAUCAUAUAAUGAGACUCGAAAGGUUGAGUCUCCUCGCCAUGUGACAAAAGGCCACUCUGGUUACCAACAUGUUUGGCCUGAUAUGAGAUUUGGUUUGAGAAUUGUGGGGGGUACUAUAAUUGCAUUCUUCGGAGCAGCAUGUGGGAGCGUGGGAGGCGUUGGUGGAGGCGGCAUUUUUGUUCCCAUGCUUACACUGGUUAUUGGGUUUGAUUCUAAAUCAUCAACAGCAUUAUCAAAAUGCAAGUGAAGAUCCACCCUUCUAAUAUUUAUGCAUCUGAAAACCUCCUCAUAUGGCUAAUGCAUGCGUUAUGAGGAUAGUAAUGUCAAAGAAGAACAGAUGCUGCAUAUAUCUUUUGGGUUGAUAAAACAUUUCUAUCAAGUUACAGAAAAUAUAUGCUCAGACAUUUCUGAGUUGAUUCAAAAUAUCAAUCAACUCUCAUGGCUACUGCAUUACUGUAUCCUUAAAAUAUGUCAUGAAGUUGUUGUCGACUAUGUUUGCUUUUGUCAGGUAUGAUCACAGGUGCAGCGGCGACAACUGUUUUCUAUAAUUUAAGACUAAGACACCCUACACUGGAACUGCCCAUUAUCGACUACGAUCUGGCGCUUCUAUUUCAGCCAAUGUUGAUUCUGGGAAUUAGUAUUGGAGUGACUCUGAAUGUUCUUUUUGCUGACUGGAUGAUCAUUAUUUUGCUAAUCAUUUUCUUCAUAGCAACAUCAACCAGGUCAUUCUUCAAAGGCGUUGAAACAUGGAAAAAAGAAACCAAAUCAAAACAGGAAGCUGCAAGAGCAAAGUUGGAAAUUCAUGACGACGAGAUUGAAGCAGCAGAGGAAAAGCCUCUUCCUGGAGGCACCACCAGUCAUGAUCAAAUAAAACCCGAGCCCAAUAAAGAGAAGGUCUCUAUAAUAGAGAAUAUUAAAUGGAAGGACCUUGGAAUUCUUGUCAUUGUGUGGCUGAUCAUUCUUGCAUUGCAGAUUGGGAAGAAUUAUACAACAACCUGCUCAGCUAUAUAUUGGCUAUUGAACAUAUUACAGAUCCCGGUGGCAGCUGGUGUAACUUCAUACGAGGCGGUUAGCCUGUACAAAGGGCGGAGAAAAAUUACAUCCAUGGGAGAAGCAAGCAAUAACUGGCCAGUGCACGAACUUAUUUUAUAUUGUUUUAUAGGUGUUAUGGCUGGCACAGUUGGAGGCAUGCUUGGACUUGGUGGAGGUUUCAUUUUGGGUCCUCUUUUUUUGGAGAUGGGAAUCCCUCCACAGGUGUCAAGCGCCACAGCCACCUUCGCCAUGAUGUUUUCUGCUUCCAUGUCUGUCGUAGAAUUUUACCUUCUAAAACGUUUCCCCGUCCCUUACGCUCUCUACUUCUUCACCGUGGCCACAAUUGCCGCCGUGGUGGGGCAACAUGUGGUGAGAAAGCUGAUCAGUAUAUUAGGGAGAGCAUCUCUGAUCAUCUUCAUUCUGGCCUCAACAAUAUUUGUGAGUGCAAUAUUAGUAGGUGGAGCUGGCAUGGCAAGCAUGAUCGAAAAGUUUGAGAGGAAGGAGUACAUGGGAUUUGAAAGCAUGUGUUCAUAGGGAGAAGCCUCAUCAGGAUCAGUAAAAAGUUCUAUCAAUUGUUAUUUCCAAAUGGAUUGACUAGCUGUUAUUCUUCACUUCGAAAAUCAGGAUUAGAUUGUCGUGUUAUGUUAUUUUGGAA